AUGGGCAAGAAGAGUCACAAUGCAAUAGAAGCAGAGGAAUGGAGGGUAUGGCAUCUUAAGCCUGGCACCAGCACUGAGAAAAUCUGGAUUGGGAUCUGGGGAGUCUGCUUCAUGGAACAUACUCCUGAUGGGGAUUCCAGAAAACAAUGUCUGGAGUUCCUGGACGAACAUUUGUCCCUCCCGAUGGAAAUUUUUUUGGCACAGGACCUAAUGUCUUUAGUUUUUAUAGUAGCAUCCUUAGCUCUAUCUUUCCUGUCGUUUGCCUUAUGGAAACUUUUCCACAAAGGAAAACCAAAAAAUGUGUUGAUAAAUUUUUUCUGCAUUGGGGGAGUUCUCAAUUUCCUGACUAGUUUCAUCAUCCUUAUCCCACUUUUGUGGAAUAUGUAUUCUGUAUUGGUUAAUGACAGUAUUAAUUUCCCUGAUUAUUUUCAGCUUCCUGUUCUUCCAUAUGAGCAAAAUGUUGGCUUUGCCAUUUAUGUGGGAAUUUCGGCUUCAGGGUUCCAGCUAACAAGUUCAAUCUUGAUUCUCAGUGAGAAAUGUUGGUUUAGGUCCAGAAGAGCCCCUCCAAUAAUUAUGGUCAUGCCGAAGCAACCAACCAGUGCUGACACUGAACCCUGUCCCCGGUGUGGAUCAGCCAUAUCUCUUGAGAAAUACAGAUCUGAAGAACAACUUUUUAAUCUUUAAAAGGCAUAUAUGCAGGGGUGUAAAUAUUUUAAAGACUAGCUGUUUUUAUUGUGUGCUGAUACCAAAAAUUAUAUUGAACUCUUUCUGUUUUCACGCUGUGUUCUAAAUAUGUUUAAAUGAAUGGUUUUCACUCAAUAAAUUUAAAAUUCAUUGUGGCUUUAUUUUGUUUUGUUUUUUCAAGUGAGUGUAAGAGAGAUCA